CACAACUGUUUGAUGGCGGUGUUGCAGAUAUUUGCCAAACGCGUUUCAGCUCCGAGCGCAGAGCUGAGCUGAGGAGGUCCGCUGGUGCAAACGGUGCAGGUGAAAUCUGACUUUCUGAAGGUUGUGUUUGUCGUGAGCAGUGUUUAGCAGCAAGUUGAGAAACUGCGUAACUUCAGAGACACUUUUCUCGGGCUAAUUUCUGGGCCCGGACGCUUCGGUUUGCAGGAGGGGGACGGGGACUUGUUGCGGGACUUGGGACUGCUGAUCAGCCAUAGUCGACGUCGGGGAGGGGGCAAGGUCUAGUUCAUCUGGCCGCCGGCUGCAGCCUGAGCUGUUUGCAUGAAAGAAGCUGCUGAUGAACACUUGGAUGAGCCAUGAGGCUGCUGGCUCCGGGGAAAUCCGACUGCCUCCCACCGGGAAUGGAUUAGUGUCCCGAUUCAUGUUUUUCCGAUGGUUCGUAAAUACGCCUUUGUUUGCGUAUCUACUUUGUUAUUUCAGAUGUGCCAACUCCAGAAUGACCAGAUCGCUCACUAGUUGCGGAGAUUUGUAAUUAAAUGUAAGAGAAGAGAGUAAACCGUACAGCACCUGUAUUGCUGCCUGCCGGAGGAACUUGUUUGGCUGUUUUCCGUCACCUUCAUCACGCCACAACUUCGUCCAUUUGGGGAGCACGGGCAGCACAUGAUGAAGAAGAUGGCAUCCAAACAGCCCCGGACUCAGAUCAUCAUCACACUGUCGUCCUUACUGUCCCUGAUCCUGUGCAGCACAGCGGAAAAUGUCCCAGAGGAGGAGAGCUUCAGCGCUGAGGCGUGGCUUCGUAAGUUCGGCUACCUGUCCCAGGCGAGCAGACAGAUGUCCACCAUGCAGUCGGCUCAGAUUCUGUCCAAAGCCAUCAGCGACAUGCAGCGCUUCUAUGGCCUAGAGGUGACUGGAGAGAUGGACCCUGCUACUGUCACGGCCAUGCAUCGGCCUCGCUGUGGCCUCCCAGACAGGAAGGCGGUGGAGAUGGAUGAUGGCGCACGAAAGAAACGCUACGCUCUCACUGGACAGCAGUGGGACAAAGACCACAUCACCUACAGUAUAAUGAACCAGCACGUCCCCUCCUCACUGGGCGAGGAGCGGGCUUUCACCGCAAUCCGCAAGGCCUUUGAUGUGUGGCGGCGGGUCACACCGCUCACCUUUGAAGAGUUACCUGCUGAAAACAACAUCAACAGCAGCCAGGCGGAGCUCGCUGACAUUCUGUUGUUGUUUGCCUCUGGUUUCCAUGGUGAUAUGUCAUUGUUUGAUGGUGAGGGGGGAUCACUGGCCCACGCUUUCUACCCCGGACCAGGAGUAGGUGGGGACACACACUUUGAUGCUGACGAGCCGUGGUCACUGGACAACCAAAACCCACAAGGUAUAGACCUCUUCCUGGUGGCGGUCCAUGAGCUUGGUCAUGCUUUGGGCCUGGAGCACUCAGAUAACCCCAGUGCCAUAAUGGCUCCUUUCUACCAGUGGAUUCACACACACAACUUCACACUACACGAGGACGACAUCAAAGGAAUACAGUACAUAUACGGUCCUCCUCUCAUCACUGAUGCUCCACCCACCUCUCCUCCCGCCCCUGACGAUGAACCCAACGAUGGCUUCCCCACCCCCACUUCUUCUCCUGAAGAUGAACCCACCUUCACUUCUCUCACCGACCCCCCACCUGCACCACCCUACCCGACAGACGACAGCCCACAUCCCCCGAGCCCCAGUCUUACGUCACGUCCUGUCCUCCCCACCUCCGCCCCCACUGAUUCCCAGCCCAGCCCAGAACCUGAACCGGUCACCCCAAACAUUAGAAAAGACGACCUCCCUCCUCCUCCUCCUCCACCACCCCCUGCUCCUCCCCGACCUCCCAAGCUGCCGGACCACCAGGCCCCCAAUAUCUGUGACGGGAACUUUGACACGGUGACCAUGCUGAGGGGGGAGAUGUUUGUUUUCAAGGGUCGCUGGUUCUGGCGUGUGCGGAGGAACCGGGUCUUGGAUAACUAUCCGAUGCCGAUAUCUGUCUUCUGGAUCGGCCUGCCGAGCGACAUCGAUGCAGCCUAUGAGCGCCACGACGGCAAAUUUGUCUUCUUUAAAGAUGAUAGAUACUGGGUGUUCAGGGAGGCUGAUGUGCUGCCAGGUUACCCACAGCCGUUGCAUGAGUAUGGACAAGGAGUCCCUGCACACAAGAUAGACACGGCAAUCUGGUGGGAGCCCAACGGGUACACAUAUUUCUUUUCUGGAGACAGAUACUGGCGAUACAAUGAGGAGACCCGGACUACAGACCGUGACUUCCCCAAGCCAAACAGCAGAUGGGGCAGGAUCCCUCACUCACCCAAAGGAGCCUUCCUCAGUGAUGAUGCCGUUUACACCUAUUUCUACAAAGGCACCAGUUACUGGAGGUUUGACAAUCGCAAGACAGAGGCAGACAAAGGGUACCCUCGCUCCAUCCUGAAGGACUUCAUGGGCUGCGUGGGAGUCCCUGACCCGAAGCCUGACACAGACACCGACCAGGAGCCAAAAGACAAACCGGUCAAGCCUUCAGACCGAGGCAAAGACGAGCGGAAAGAGCCGGACAGGGGCUGGGACAAAGACACAGACCCAGAGGAAGACCAGACCUCUAAACCCGACAGCACAGAGGAAGAGGAGGACAAAGAGGUGAACGUGGUCGUGACGGUGGCUGACAAUGAAUCAAAGGUCAUGACCCUGAUCAUGGUGAUUGUCCCUCUGGUGCUCAUCCUGUGCAUCCUCAUCCUAAUCUACGCCAUCCUCAGGACUCUGCAGAACAAAGAGACGCCGAGGGCCUUGGUGCACUGCAAACGUUCGCUGCAGGACUGGGUGUGAGGUACAGAACUAGAAGAGAUAGAACGGGUAUUCAUCGUUUGCCUGGCACAGUCGUUGCCCUCACAGAUUUUACUUAUGGCGCGGUGGAAAGAAGGUUUGACACAGUACUAGUCUAAGAAAGUGGGGGAUGCGUCACCGUUUUGGGCCCCAUUCAUUGUGAGAACUUUUAUUGCUUAUGUGAAAUAAUACAAAAGUGGUUAAAGUCGGCGCCUGUGGAGCUACAGUUUCCCUCUACUGGCCUCAAAGUCUUUCUCCUGUGGCUCCCUUUGUGCGAUCCAGAUAUCUGCAGAAGUACCUCUAUUCUUUAAAAAAAAUCGCUUUUAUUCCAUCACAACAUUAAAAAUGAUGUGUCAGCCAUCAAAUGUGGACUGUAGAAGACACAUGACACUCUAGGAAUGCCCAUUUCUACCAAUUCUAGUUGUACAGAGGAGGGACAGCUGAUUUAUUUGUAGUGUAAAUGCAGACAAAGUUGAUAAUGCACAUACAUUAAACAGAAGCACACAUACUGUACAUUCACACAAACAUCAGCUUGUAGCUAUUAAAACAAAGACACACAUAUGUUUGACUGUGGUGCCUCAGCCAAUCUUGACAGUUUUCUUUAUUUGCACUUUUGACUCUGUAGAUGCUGUAUGUGUGUGAGUUUGCAUAAAGCAGAACUCGCUGUGGUUAUUAAACACACAGACACACAGACAAAGACAGCUGUGUGCAUCCAUGACUUCCCGCCUCCCACCUUGUUAUCUCUGCUCACACACACAUGCACCGAUGCCACAGUCUCAAAAAAAAAAAAACCCUAAAUGCACUCAUUUGUGAAUGCGUGUCCACAUAUGCAGACACACACACACCAAGGCAAAGGGAUCACUCGCCCAAACAAAGGCACAUACUGGUUUUUGCACACAGACACAUGGGCUCCAGCCUCCCCUCCUCCCACCACAGCCACGAUAACUGUUUAGACUGCAGCGCUAAAAACACAAUCCAAGUGGAAACAUAUAGAUAUACAACGCUGGGCUGGGAUCAGAUUCAGAUUCUGACCAUCUUAACUCAACCUAAGAGUAAAACCGUAGCUGCAGUGUCCGUCUCCCUGUGUCUCCUUCUGUCACGCUACAGCUGAAGAGGCUGAUGAAGCUAAUUAAGUGUACAAGGAAGCCUGCCGGCGAGAGAGGAAUGGGUCAGGGUCUGGUUUCCAUUAAGCCCACAUGCUGCUGAUUUAGUAGUGUCAGGCACUGGGGGGAGGGUUCAAAAUGAAAGAGGUAUAAAAAAUGGUGGGGGGGAGUAAGGAGAAAAGGGAAAUGAGAGAGAAUGAGAUGGUGAGGGGAAGAAAGAAAGAAAGAAAGAAACCUGGGGAGGCACAGAUUGAGGAGGGGAGAGGGAGGGCUCUGCCAGCAUUUCCUCUCCAGUUUUCUGUGGGAAAGGAGGAGUGAGGGAGAGCGAGAGGAAGGAUGUCGGGGAGGGGCAGCGCUGGCGUUGCGCCUCUUGACCUAGAUUGGGACGCUAAGUCCACUCCUCUUCCAGUCUUGUUUUUGCUCGGCUUGCUGUCAUGAGCUGAAGAUGACUUCCUCUGUGACCCCUCCUCCCUCCCCCCUUGUAUCUUUCUCUCCACUUUUUGUCUCUGUUUUGUUUCAUUGCUGUAUUUACCCCACUUCUGCGCUCCCACGUGUAUUCAUUUUCUUUCCCACUCUUCCAGAAAGUUAGCUCAAGCAUUUAAAAGAUAGUUAACGCACAGAAACAUCUGCAGAAGGUGAUUCUGAUCUUAAUGUGUCCGUUGAGCCUCCCACUAUCUACCUGUCUGUGCGUAAAGCCACUAUUCACAUGCUGUCAUCACUUAAGCUUUGUGCCUUUGCAUUGUGCCUAUAUUCUGUCCGACAUGUUUCAUUGUGCCUAUUUCCUGUGAAUAUUAGGUUUUUGUUGUUUUUUUUUUUACUAUAAUCAGCAUGAGGGAAGGUUUUUUAAAUGUUUUUACUCUACUUAUCAAUCAUAGUUUUGUAAAUUUUGUUUCUGUUCAAGUUUUCUUUAAUAACAGCAGUAGAUUAUUACGACAAUGUUGAUGCAUGCAGGGCAUGUUCUGUAAGGCCUGUGCACUCCUGUGUAGAGUACGUUAAGGAUUUCACAAUAAACCUCACUGGUAAAAGCAACA